AUGGCAGCAACGCACAACCCGAUGCGGGCGUCCACCCCGCCGCCCGCCGUCUCCAGGACGACGAUCCACAUGUCUGGCCUCUUGUGCGACGUCUACGGGCUCGAGGAGCUCGUCGCGCGCGAGAAGCGGCCGUCGGCGGUGUCGUGUCUUUGGCUUCAUCACCCGCGCUUGCGGGCCAAGGAGGAUAUGGAGGAUAUCGCGAGCCGGGUGAUUUCCCGAUGGGAGGAGAAGUCUUCUUCGUCGUCAUCUUCUGUGUCUGGCAGCGGCGGCAGCAGGUCCCUCAUCGCCGUGGCAUUCGACCAGCAGAACCACGGCACCAGGACGGCGUCGGCGACCGCGAGGGAUAGCUGGCGCGAGGGGAACAAGACGCACGCGCUGGACAUGUGGGGGAUGGUGGCGGGUAUGGUGGCGGAUACGAAGGGGCUCUUGGACGUUGUGGAGGGGUACGUGAAGAUGGAGCUGGGGCAGAGGGGUGGGGAGGCGGCGGAGGGGUGGAGGAUUGAUCAGCAUCUUGUGCUCGGGGUGAGUUUGGGCGGGCAUAGUGCGUGGCAGACGAUGUUUAGGGAGGAGAGGGUCGAGGCUGGGGUUGUGAUUAUUGGGUGUCCUGAUUAUAUGGCCCUCUUGUCGGACCGCGCGAGGUUAUCCAAGCUGUCCACCUUUUCAGCGCAAGACGACGGCGCCUCGUUCCUCGGGAGCAGAGACUUCCCGCCGGACCUCGUGGCCUCGUGCCUGCGUCACGACCCAAAGGGCAUCCUCUUUGGCACCGGUGCCGUCCCCACCCCGGACAGUCUCACCACCGAAGACAAUGCCGAAGAGCAGAAGCGUCUGCGCGGCGUCCUGGACGGCCUUCGCCUGCACGGUAAGAAAUUCCUCGUCUGCUCCGGCGGCGAGGAUAAGCUCGUACCGUACGCCAUGUCUGCGCCGUUUCUGGAGUUUUUGACGGCCGCGACGGGGACGUGGUAUCGUGACGCGGGCGUCGAGGUCGAGAAUAAGGUGUAUGAGGGGGUCGGGCACGCGUUUAGCGAGGGGAUGGUGGAGGAUUCGGUUAGGUUUUUGGUGGAUGCUGUUGCUGGGAAGGAUGUCGGCGGCGCGGGAGCUGGGGAGAAGUCGAAGAUUUGAGAGACGUGACAAGGAGAGCAAUGCACGCCGAGGGUUCAAGGAGGCUACAGUUAAGGGGUUGAGUAUGUAUAAGGUAUACGUAUAUACACGUGUAUACCUAGGUAUCUUUUAAGCCCACGGCCUCUUUGCAUCUUCCACGAGUGCCUCGUGCCCUUCUAUGAUCCUGGUGACGAGACCACUCUGUCUCCUCUCCUCCUCGCUCGCGAAAAGGGUAUCUUCCGAACCCCACGGAUUCCUCGCCCUCCUCUUGCCCGCUAGACUCGGCCCAACGCCGUGCGGGUCAAUCGUCCACUCGUCCGCGGCGUGUUUUACGCCCGCGAUGGCUCCAGCUUUGGAACCAUUACCACCACCAUCGUUGCCGUGGUUCUCCUCAUUGAUCUCCGCCCCAGCGGCGCCAGUUGUGGUAACCGAGGCAGCACCAGCACCAGCACCAGCUCCCUUCAUCCCGGGCGGAUCGAUCCCAACAUACCGAACCUGAUCCAAGGGAAACCCGAUAGCAGCGCAGUGGCCGUCGACGAUGCGCGGCCUCUUGAAGGCGUGGCUCACGACUGUGAGGGUCCGAGGGUAAGUUCCGUAGAGGCGGCGGAAGAGGAGGAGGGAGUGGAGGAUGUUGUGGUAGGAGUCUAGGGCGAGGGUGUCGGUGUGGAUGAAAGAUGUUAUGGGACGUGAUGAUGAUGAGGAGGGGGAGGGACAAAUAGGAGAGGAAGACGAGGGAGGAGAGAGGAUGCCAAAGUAGGCGUUUGCGGCGGCGAGGUUGGCGUAGGAUUCUGCUUCGGAGAGGGGUGUUUCUUUGCGUGUCGGACCUCUUUGUGAUUGAACGAGUCGUUAGUCUUGAUACUUGGUAGUUUUCUUCAUAUUUACCAGAUGUUGCUGUGGCAAAGAAUAAAACAAAGAUGUGUGAAAACGGCAAGGCACGAAAGAAUAACGAACGUGAGCAAUGAC